CUUUAUAUGUCACCAACCAAACGUCAUACACAACCAUCAAUCCAUCUUGACCAUAUGGCAGAGACUGGCAUUGGCGGAGACGCGGCACCACUAUCACAAUGGAGCGUUCCACCAACGCUAACACUCCCACAGCUGUCUUUUAUAGAGACCUUGGCCAUCGGGCUUAGCCCCGGGCCUAUGACACUUGUCUCCAACUUUUUCUCUGAUCACUAUCCUGACACUGAUCUCGCCUCUUUUUCUCGGCUUUUCGAUGAAACCUUACCGGGCCUUGCUGCCGGAAACCAGGCUGCUCCUCUACUUUGUGGAAAACAAUUAGAAGAUGACAAGCAAAAUCAACAGGAUUUGGAUUCCGAAUCUGACAACUCAAAGCCCGAAUAUGUUGUAUCUAUAAACCGCCCCGCUAAUGACGGGUACAAAUGGAGGAAAUACGGGCAAAAACAAGUAAAGGCGAGCGAGCUUCCUCGUAGCUACUACAAAUGCACACACAUAAACUGCCCCGCCACAAAAAAGAUCGGACAUUUUCUUGACGGGGAUGUUAGCGACAUCAUUUAUAAAGGUCAACAUAACCAUGAGCCGCCACUGGUGCAUGCGCAGGCCAAAUAUGGUGCACCCAUGGACCAACACACGAGUUUUGUUCAAGAACCAGUGAACCCCUAUCAAGAAGUUGUUAACCAUGUGGUAGCAAAUGAGGUUGAGGGUGAUCAUGAGGCUAAUCUAAAGAAAAGGAAGACGGAUUUCGGGUGCGUGGACAGGGCUAGCUCAUCGCGAGUGACAGUGGUUGAAUCCAAGAUUGUGGUGCAAACGAGAAGUGAAGUUGAUAUAUUAGACGAUGGAUUCAAGUGGCGAAAAUAUGGGCAGAAAGUGGUAAAGGGAAAUACUUAUCCAAGGAGUUACUAUAGAUGUGCUUACAAGGGAUGCAAGGUCCGCAAGCAUGUGGAGAGGGUUUGUUUAGAUCCGAAAUCUGUGGUAACUACAUAUGAAGGCAAACAUAAACAUGACAUUCCUGUACUUGCAAAGCCUUCAAGUCACAAUAUAACCAACUUCAAAAUCGAAGAAAUGACCUUAUUACAAUCGAAAGAAGAGCACAUCCCGUCAUGGACUUUGGUUUAAAAUUUUGCUAUGAUUGUAUGCGCAUCGCGUGUUAUGAAGGAAAACAACUUGGCUUUUGUUUGAUUUUCUGUUACAUUCUUUCAAUUGAUAGAUAGUUGUGUGAUGCAUUAUGUGUAGUAUCAUAUUUGUAUCUCGUUGUUGUGUAGAGUGGCUAAAACUGUAUUGAAUAAAAUAUAUGCCCAUGGACCGCAUCGAUUGAAGUA